AGUGAAAAUAUGGCGGCUGUCGCAGAAACAGCCGAUAUGACGAUUCAAAAGGAUUCAAAGAUUUUAGUUAAAGUAGAAGAAGCAUUAUCAGAUUUAAUUGUUGUUUCAUAUAGUAGUGAAAAUAAAAAAUUUCAAGGUGUUCUUUUGGACUCUACUAAAGGUAACUUACCUUUCGGGGUAUACAGUCUACACCCGGCGUUCAGUAAACAGCCGGUAGUUCCUAAAAAUGACCAAGAUAAAUUACAUUCUGUUAGUCAAAGAUUCACAUAUCAAGAGCCUCAAUACGCAAGUGAAAAGGAUCAGAAAUCGAAAAAAGUUGGACCCAAGGGCAAAGCUCAACAAAGGCAAAAGAUGACAGUGCGGCUCCGACCUCGGAAGGUUUUAUGUUCAAAUUGCAAGGGGAUAUGCAACGAAAAUAGCGAAAAUGUGGACGUGUCCAAGAAACGUAAAUUAGAUUCUGACGACAACAUGAUUGAAAAUGUCGACGAUACAUUCAGUGAAAAAAAAUACCUUGUUGGUGGCAUGCUCAUUCCUAAACUGUCUCGGUUACAUCCAAAUGAAAUUUCAAAUGCUAUAAAAGGUAGUUCAAAAAAUUCUAGUAAAAACACUGAAAAGUCCAAUAGUAAAGUUAAAAUGGAAAAAUUGGUUGAUAGUGACAAAGGAACAAGAGAGUUGACCUUUGUGAGCGUCCCUGAAGGUGAUGUUUUUGAAGAUAGACAAAACUCUAAAGAUAACAACGACAAUGAUGCACCAUUUAGUUCCAUGUUUUCGAGUGCUCGUACUCUGAAAAUCUGUUUUGGGGAAGGAGAAGGUACUGUUGUCAAAAUACCACCAUUGAGUGGUGAUUACAAUGAAGAUUCUGGUGUUAGUUGCGAUAUGACUAAAGCAUUAAAACCAGAUGUGAAAGCUGCUAAGAAGGCUAUGAAAAAGGCUAAGAAGCAAGCUAAGAAGGAUACAAUAGGGAAAGAUAAAUUAGAUGUAUGGACAAGUCAGUCACCAAAGCAUUUAGGAGCUCUUUCACCAAGAAAUAAUGUCCAUAAUCAAUCAACUAUAGAUCCGUUAGAAAAGAAACAUAAACACAAAGUGAAACAUAAAAAGAAAGGUAAAGCGCAGAAAAAACGUGAUGAAAAUACAAGUAAAUGUGGUGAUAAUGAAUCUAUGGAUUAUUUUAGUGACAUCAAAGACCAUUGUUUGAAUCAAAAAUUAUCAAUUAGCUUGAGAAGGUUGAGCAGCAACUCUUAUGAAAGACGUAAUGAGCAGGAGAGUAGUUCGGAAGACGGUGAUAUUGAAGUUGUGCCAGAUUUUCCUGAGAAUGGACCUGAGAGUGUUGGAGAGCGACUAAUAAGAGUAUCUUCUGGUGAUAUUGUUUGGGGAAAGGUGACAGGGUUUCCGUGGUGGCCAGGAAGAGUUCUGAGUGUCACAUCCACAUCACGAGCUCACAUAGCGUGGUUUGCUUCUACAACUACUUCUCUGAUGCCAUGUGAUAGUUUAAGUCCAUUUUUAGAAGACUAUAAGAUACGAUUUAAUAAGAAAAAGAGGGGUAUAUACAUAGAGGCUGUGAAACAAGCUACCGUUGAAGCAAAAAGGAACGAAUCUCGAGAUCCACUCGGUAGUCCUACUCACGCGAACUUGGAUACUAUGUCACCACGACCUAUUGAUGUGUUCUCUUAGACACUUGUGAUUUUAAGGUAUACAGCCGAAUUUAUUAUAAAAUUCAUGUGAUAUUAUAGGGACUUGAUCAUCUGCACAAAUUUUGUCUGGAACCAUACCAAAGUGUAGUAGUAUUUGUUGAAUCUGUACAUUGUUAUAAUGUAUUAAUAUCCUUUUAGGGCUAUUAUCAUUAAUUAUUAAGUUUAAUUUGUGUAGGUUUUUUCUUUUAUUAUUACAGUAUAUUUUUAUUCUUUCAAAAUCAGAGUAUACUUUAUUCUAAGCUUUAGCUCAUCCAACAUUUCUUGCCUACAACCAGUAGGCAUCUUUUGGCUGAUAAGCGGAAAGGGUGCAAGAAACAUGUUAGCUUUUAGCAGAAGUAAUGAAAUUUACGUAAACAAUGUUAUUAUCAUGUCAAUGUUUACAAAACUUGUUAUAUGUAUAUAUAACAGAAGAGUUAAUAUAAAUCAGUGAGUGCUAAUCUUUACAUUCACAAGUUCUAUGCUCUUUGGUCGUUUAAAAUUGUUGAAGAGCAUUUUUUAAUGAUUGAAAUGCAUUACUGCAUAUCUCGCUUCUCCGACGCGAGUCUGCGAGGUUAUUUAAAUUCGCCCCUACCUAUAACAACAUGCCGUAUGACAUCUCACUAAAGCUGUGUUUACACGAGCCCUAAAACUCUUGCAACCGCCGCUCGGGGCCGUGUGCUAGCUGUGUAGUAUCCGUGUCGAUUCAUAGGAAGUCUAAUCACUGUAAUAAUCCUCUGUGGUCUUGCGGCAAUCGCAUGCUAGACGUUUAAACGAGGCUGGACCUCUUUGCAGUCAGGUCGCCGAACAGGAGUUUCGUAUAAUGAUCCGGCAUUAUACAUCAAGCCAAUCUUGUUAUUUUAAUCAAUGCAUCUAGCACAAAGUUCAACGUACAAAAUUCUCUCUGUUUGGUGACUCACCAUUAAAGGCUAAGGCGGUAGUCGCGUCACGAGUGCGUACUCAUUUUCUAUGAGGUUACCACGUUGGUUACGCAUCAUGUCGGUGCAUAUAAUUCCCCAUAUAAACUUGGUCUAAUACAAUAACAACUGUUUCAAUAUCAGUCUGAAGCCUUAUUUUUUUACUGCGUUAUUAUAAUCCAUUAUGCUCUUUAGCUUUUAGGAUUUUUUAUAAAUAUAAUAUGGCUAAAUUACCUUUUUUUAAGUUUUUAUUGCAGUCUGUUUUGUUAUACCUACAAACCGUUUGGUUAUGUUUUUGGUAUGGCUCCAGUGUCAGACCAUUUUAGGAUAUUUUAAUAUAAUAUUUGGUGUUUAUUGUAUUGUAAUUAUAAGUUGCGGAAAGGCUUUAACCUGAAAGUGAAAAUGUUUUUGAUAAUAUAAAAUGUCGCAUAAAGUGGCUUAUUGCAAAAAUUCAAACUUCUGUGUUUUCCCCAGGGAUUCCCAAACUGUUUGGGCACGAGAACCAUUUUACAAUUAGAAUUAAUCAGACGCCUAUAACCAAAUUACUUUAAAAGAUCUCUAGAUUCUCUUUUCUAUUAAUACAAGAUAUUUACCAAUUAAACAACUUUGUGGCAUAGCAUAAAUAGGCACAGACAUACACAGAAACUGCCUAAUACAGUUUCUUGAGAAUUUAAAUAAGAUUUUAAUUAUUAGGGAUCGAUUUUUAGUACAUGUUGACCUCCAAAAUCGGUAUUUCGACCCCAACGGGGUGAUAUGGACCAUUUUGGGAAUCUCUACUUCACAUAAUUAACAAUAGAGAUGAUGUUUGGAAAAAAAGAAAUUCUAUUUAGUCCAUCAGUCAAAUAAUUGAAAAAUAUUAAAUACUUUUUGUUUGCUUCAAGUUUACAAGGAAUUACUUUGAUAAUAGGUAACAGUGAGGAAAAUGGGGGGUAGAAAAUCUACAAAACUUGUGACGUCAUGUAAAAUUUCAACUCAAUAUAUCGCCUCAAUUCAAUAAUUACCCAAAAAAAAUACGUAUUUAAUAUUUUUUCAAUAUUGUACCUACUACCUGAUAAAAACUGGCUUUUUAUCAUCAUCUUUAUUGUUGACACAAACACUUAGUUUUCAAUUUAAGUUGGAUAAGUAAUAUAAAUUAUUCCAGCAUUGUUUUAAAACCAAUUUUAAGUUUUUAUUUUAGUUUCUGCAAUUGGACGUUGUUCUUUCUAGCUGUUAUAAUGUAACAUUUAACAGUUCCUAUUCACAGGAGAUACGUUUAAUUUAUUUGCAUAAAAAAACGUCGACAUUUGACCAUUAAAAAAAAAACAGUGCAUGCGUCGGCAGUACUCGUGGAUGCUGACAUACUAUGUUUGUUUUUUUUUAUGCCAGCAUGUUUACUCUUGAACGCUAUCGACAUUGCAAUUGUGACGUUUCAUACUUUUGAUUUGGUACACUAGCGGCAAUUGGCUCAGUAUGGCGAGAUUAUUGAAUGAAUUAACUAAAAAUGACAUUGAAUAAUUAUAGUCUCAUGUGUCAAUAGUACGAGCUUAGAUUUGAUGAAAAUUGAGAUCUUUAUUGAAUUGGAUUGAAAUUGACAUUGAGAUUGCGUUCAAGAGCAAAGCUGCAGGUUAAUAAAAAAACCGUGAAUAAAGAUAAAAGCUUCUUUACCUAAAAUGUUUCAUUUCGAAGUGGUUUGUCAUCAAUCAAAAGUUAGAUUAUAAGAUGUGAUUUUUAAUUAAAAAGGAAAAUGGGGGCUACUAAUAUGCUCAAAAAAAUUAUCGUUGUGAAUGUGCAAUAAAGUCGAGUUUUGAGUGUUUCGCUUCUUGUUGUCUUGGAAUGCACGAAGAUUUCAUUCCAGCAAGCGUAGCACAACUCCAGAAGCGCUUUGUCUAAACUAAAUGUCACUUCUCGGGUAUAGAAUGAGAUAACGUGUGGACGAACCCAAGAGAAUUGACAUUGGUUGUGCAUAAAGCGUUUUUGGGUUCAUCGUGCUGCGCUUGCAGUAAAGCUAGCGUUUCGCUGAAUAGCGGUGAUGACUCUUUUUACCGCAUAGACCACUGCUCUAUGCCUUAAAAAAGCGGUUGGGGAUAAAGUGGAUAAAAAAGUUUAGAACCAUUGAACGGCACCGCUUUCAUAGAAAACGAUAGCUCUACGAGAAAUUAAGCAACUAUUAUAGGCAUAUUUUCAUAUUGUGUGUUAAUGGUAAAAUUUUUGGAUUAAAAACAUUUACUUAUUCCACUAUAUAAGUGAAACCGUAAAACAUUGUAAGAAUUCGUUAAUUUACCUCAAUUUAUUCUUAACUAUAAGUAUCUAUGCAUUUUCUAUUCAAAAUUAUGUCUACUCUAUACAUUAGCCAGAAUUGUUUCGAUUAAAUUCGUCCAACAUGUUGGCGUACAAGUUGGGCGAGAUCCACCAAAGAAAACUGAAGGCAUUCCAACAUGUGAACGCCAUCACAAUCUAUCUUUGCCAGGAAAUUCGCCACAACGUUGGCUGAUGUGUAGAGGGGGCAUUAUAUACAAUUUAUGACUGAAUCAAUAUUAAGCUCCAACAUAAUAUUGGACUAUUAAUUUCAUAUACAUUCUUGGCCAUUAAACAAAAAUUUUGAGUAUUAUUUGGUGUAGAGAUUUCAAAAUAGGAUGGUGAACGAAAUUUUCUGUGUAUAAUAAUUUUAUGACUUUCGUGUAGGGAUUAAAGAUGAAUUUUCUUUGAAAGUUUUGAUCAUGUUACCCUCCGAAAAGCCUUAUUCCAAUAACAAGUGACACCGCCAUCUAUUUAUUUCUCUUUAAAUUUUUUCAGUAAAUGGCAACUAAGAUAUCACAGAAAUAGUCAUUCAACGACAUAUUAUAAUUUUAUUUUGGUCAUUAUAAUCAUUUUUCUAAUUGUUUUAGUACGUUUUGUACAUAUUAAGCUUUUUCUAACAUUUAUUUUUCUUUUUACAUUUUCUGAAGUUGACUAUUAUUUUAGUGUUUUAAGAAUUCUGUUAAAACUCUUUUGAAGUUUUUACAUACAUCUGUGUUAUAGGCCAUUCCGUUUACAGAAAUACACUUAGUUUUGAAUUGUUUAUGGUUUCUAAGUACUUUUUGUACGUCACGUGAGAUACAGUAAAACUGAUGACGUCCAUAGUGCAUCUACGUUUGCGCACCCCAGACCUAAUUUCGAAGAUGUCCGGACGUGUGAUAAAAAAUUAUUAAAAGUCUUGUUUUAACAAUCAUAAGGUGUAAAUAUAAUGCGCUAGUUUUCCGAAUCAAUCACUGGUCACGCGGUCACGUGUCACGCAACAAUGGUCACGUGAGCGGAUCGCCAUAUCACGUGAUACUUUAAUCACUGAUUGGUCGUCACAUUUCGCGAUUUUACCUUCUACUUUUACUUUUGUUCAAUAUUAACGAAAAUUACCAAUUCUUCCACCUACGGGUAGCUACAUAUUACGGGGUUGACAUAGGUGUAUUUACGCGUGUGAAGUCGCAGGAAAAACAGCUGUUAGGUUAUUUAUUAAACCUGAGACACGAUUGAAGUUUAUCCGGGCAUUCUAAAUUAAGAUUAUGUGACCAGCGUAAUCAGAACGUGUGCAUCUAUGGGCUGAUCUCUCAACGCCAUGAGGUGUACUGUUAUCUCAUUUUAAAAAUGAUAAUUGCAUAGCGAUAAUAAUGUCAUGGUAGAAGUCCAUACGCACGGUACAAUAUGCAAAUUCAAAACCAAGUGUAGAGUAUUUCGAAUAUUGUUGUUAUUUAAUUUUUAAGCUCUAAAUUUUAUGUUAUAUUCAUUGUGAUGGUUACUUUUAAAAAAUGUAGCAUCUGAUUAAAUAUGCAAUUUCUUUUAAUUCAUUUUUAGAUAUUAGUUUGUUUUCGAAAAGGAAUUGUAUAUUAUAAUGCUAUCAUUCUAUUUUUAGAGAAAUGUUUAAGUGUAAUCAGUCCGUUACUUUCGGAAAUCAUUUGCUUUGCUGUCGCGUCAUGAUUUAUUAUAUAUUUACCUACAUCAUACUUUAACAUUCUGUCAAUAUGAAUUGUCAAACCGAUUGCAAUAAAAAAGAUAACUUUUAG